GCACGCGAAUAGUACGGCUUCGUGGCCGCGGGUGGCGCUGCCGUCGAAAUUCCUUUCCUUCGCACCACCGGAGUCAAGUUCACGGUUCUUUCGAAAUGAAAUUUCACCGACUCGCUCGACGCAACGUCGAUAUUUUUCUAAACAGCGAGAAACUCCGUCUUUGUUUGUAUAUAUAUAUUUUUUUAACACGUAAAUCGUAUCGCGAAAGAUUCCCAUCGAGUCUCGUUAAAAAUUUUAUUGACUCCAAAUUAACCGCGCGAUCUUUCAAUUGCACUUUCUACACUUUCUCCUCUACGACUGUCUUUCUUCAAGUCUCCUCUCGCGGGGGAGACAUCGUUGUUUGGUUUAAGGAAUCGUUAAAAAGUUGAUUUAUCUGCUGUCCGGGAUACAGCUGUUUCACUUAAAUUAGUUUCGAUUUUCUGAGGGUGCAAUUUAAUUGCACUGAAGAUGAGCGUUACAUUGCAUACGGAUGUUGGCGACAUCAAAAUAGAAUUAUUUUGCGAGAUGUGCCCGAAAACAUGUGAGAAUUUUCUUGCACUCUGCGCUAGUGGAUACUAUGAUAAUUGCUUGUUUCACCGGAACAUAAAAGGCUUCAUUGUCCAAACUGGAGAUCCUACCAAUACAGGUAAAGGUGGAACGUCUAUAUGGAAUCGUAAAUUUGAAGAUGAAUUUAAGGAGGAACUAAAACAUAAUGCAAGAGGCCUUGUCUCUAUGGCUAAUAAUGGGCCAAAUACAAAUGGGAGUCAAUUUUUCAUAACUUAUGCACCACAAUCACACUUGGACCUAAAAUAUACUCUAUUUGGAAAAGUGAUCGAUGGUUUAGAGGCUUUGGAACAAUUGGAAAAGUUACCAGUAAAUCCUAAAAAUUAUAAGCCACUCGCAGAAAUCAGGAUAAACAAUGUGACCAUACAUGCUAACCCAUUAGCAGGAUAAACUUAUGUCUUAAACUUAUAACUUAUUACAAGAAAUAAUGCUGCCAAGUAUUUUUAUAUUGUAUAUAUACCUAAUGUUCUCUUAUUCUGUGGAUCAAAUGGACUUCGAAGAUACAUUCUUGCAGGAUACUUUUUUCUCAUUGCUUCAAUCUGGUUUAUGGUCAGGAGUAAAACUUUCUGGACCGCACACUGUUGUCCUUAUUCCUGUGGUUGCCAAAAUGGGUAUCAAUUCGUUCAUCGCUUCUACAUGUGCAUUGAAUACAUCCCAAUUCAGUUCGUAUAAACUGAAGGAGAAGUCUUCUGGUGCCUUUAUAUAGAUUCGAUUCGUAACCUCCGAUGCUCAGAGUCCCACCUUGCACUCGAAAGUAGAUACUGCGAUCGGGAUCUCGGAUGUUUGGCAAUCCUUGGACGUUCAUCGGCUCAGUGACGAUAU